UUAUUCAGGCCGCAAGAUAUUAGUGCAAAUACACCAUGUACACUUAUUCAUGAUGUACUACCAAGGGAAUUGGCAAAUUAUUUAUUAAAAGCUAUGCUUAAAGAAUCUGAGACAUGGCAUCGAAAUCAAUGGUGGUUAUUCGAGCGAAUGGUUACCUCUCCACAUACAUCAUCUUUUUACAUUUCUAACGAAGUCAAGAACAUUUACGAUGGAGAUGUUUAUUACAACGGUAAAAAGACUGUGAAUGCGCGGCGAUUUUUACCAGAAAUGGAAGAAGCAAGGGAGAUCAUAAAGAACAUUGUUAACGAAAAACGCAAGAACAGGGCAAAUUGCUACGCGAAUUCAAAAGAAAGUGUUGGUUGGCACAGCGAUCAAUUGACACAUCUUGGACCACGUCCUAUAAUUGGUUCGCUAUCGCUUGGCACCACGCGCCAAUUUCGUCUUCGUCGAAUUGAUGAAAAACCGUCCAGAAUCAUAUCCAUCCCUCUUCCUCAUAAUUCACUUCUUAUAAUGUGGCCGCCAUGUCAAGAACUCUGGAAACAUGAAGUAUGCUCACAAAAUAUUCUUGAUAAUAUCCAUCCAAUCGCAGGUCCGAAGAGGAUAAACAUCACUUUCAGACAAUUCAGAGAUGAAUAUACUGCCGAAUGGACUCCAAAUUGUUCAUGUGGAAUUCUAUGUGUUUUAAAACCAGUUAUGCGAAGUUCAAAUAUUGGCCGAUAUUUUUAUAUGUGUUAUGCUGCAAGGGUUAAUGAAGGUCAAAAGUGUGAAUUUUUCGAGUGGUUGGAUAUUUCCAAACGACAAAUUGAUUACAAAAAGAAAUACGAUUCUUUCAACUCUAUCAGAUCGGGAGAUAUAUAA